AUGAGGAGCCUACUGUUGGUCCUUGUGGUUCUUGUCUUGCUCUCCUGUGUUCCAGCAGUUCGGGGCGGCGUGAAUAACGAAAUAAGACAAAUGUAUUAUUCAUGUUGGCGAACGAGGGGUGUUUGCAAGACAUCGUGUGCAUCAAAUGAAUUGUUUCAUAUCCUCUGUGAUGACAUCGAUGUGUGCUGCAUAAAACCAGAACAUAUGCCGCCUUUGGUUGAGCCUGAGCAUCAGCGCCACUGGACAUUGGUCUGGUCACCGUCCUUUGGUGACUCCAUUGGGAUGGGCGUCAUCGGAUCUGGGGACAGUGGUUGUUCUGGGAACAGUGGUCUGGGUCUUGCCAGGGUGAACGCCAUCCGGCUUGAAGGAUUCUGGAUCUUCACUCAAUUCCAGCGGUUGGGUCACACGAUCUGCAGAUACUUCCAGGUGCUGCAGAACUACAUGGGCUUUGGCUGGAUUCGGUAA